UGUGAUUUUUAAAAACUAUGCCAUUGGUCCCUCCCGUUAGAUUUUCAGUUAAAGUCGCCGUUAGUCUUAGUUAAAAGACUAAAAUACCCAUUAUUAAUAUCAUUCUCUUCUUCUUCUUUACACCCACAUCCCAAACUUAGAAAUGAGCACUAGCCUGAAUGGCAGCUUUAGGCGGAGGAAACUAAUCCCUCGAAAUGCCGCCACCUGCACAACCGAGCACUAGCCUGAAUGGUGACCACAGACCAUUACGCCCACCGCAGAGUUCAAACACCCACCACCACCAUCCUUACUACCCAACGUCGUCGUCUUCCAAGUCAGCCUCCUUGAAAGGCUGCUGCUGCUGUUGUCUCUUCCUUCUCUUCUCCUUCCUUGCUCUCCUUGUUCUCACUAUCUUUCUUAUCAUUAUUCUCACCGUCAAGCCUAAGAAACCUGAGUUCGAUCUCCAACAAGUCGGGGUCCAGUACAUGGGCAUCCCCGCUUCUAAUCUCAAUUCACUUGACCCGACCAUCGGCACAACCACCAUGACCACUGGCGCCACCACCGCUUCACUCUCUUUAACUAUCCACAUGCUAUUCACUGCCGUUAAUCCCAACAAGGUAGGGAUCAAGUACAGCGAGUCUAAAUUCACUGUCAUGUAUCAUGGGAUUCCUUUGGGGAAGGCUUCGGUUCCUGGGUUUUAUCAGGAGGCUCAUAGCGAGCGGCAGGUGGAAGCCACCAUCUCCGUUGGUCGCUGUAGCUUGAUCCAGGCCAAUGCUGUUGAUUUAAUCAGGGAUGCUUCGCUGAUUUAAUCAGCUUUUCUUUUUUACUUCUAAGAUUGGCUUUACCUUGCAUUAAAUAUCCAACAUUGCUCAUUUCUAAUUUUGGCUUAUAAUUCCUCUUCCCUAAGUUAAUUUUGGUUCUAGUUUCUGAAAAAUUGGAUGUGGGUUCUUUUCUAGGCAUGGAUUUUUGGUUGCUAACUAAAUUUUGGCUUCUGGGUUCUUCUCUACGAAUAAGACAUUUGACAUUGCUGCUCCUUCUUUUACUUCCUCUGCUGAUAAUCGGUUCACGUUAAAUACUCUACCUGAUUCAACCCAAUUCAAACACCACCGUAAGAUUAAAAAUAAAAAGUACCUGCAAGUUAAUAAGCGGAAUAUGCAAAACUCAGAUCUUCAACACCAUAGCAAAAAUGUGAUGCCUUAAAAAUCACAGAAUAAAAAGGCAAAAAGAAUUUUUUCUUUCUGGGGAGAGAAAGAAAGAAAAUGUACAAAGUCGUGGAAAGUAUUGAAGAAGAAACUGAUAUGGGUAUUUUAGUCUUUUAACUAAAAUUAACGGUGAUUUAACUGAAAAUCUAACGGGAGGGACUAAUGGCAUAGUUUUUAAAAAUUAC